AUGAGCUACUACAGCGGCUACUACGGAGGCUAUGGCUAUGGUGGCUUUGGAGGCCUGGGCUGUGGCUAUGGCUGUGGCUAUGGCUGUGGCUGUAACAGCUUCCGCAGACUGGGCUAUGGCUGUGGUUAUGGAGGCUAUGGAUAUGGCUCUGGCUAUGGAGGCUAUGGAUAUGGUUCUGGCUACGGAAGCUACGGAUAUGGCUGCUGCCGCCGCCCUUCAUGUUGUGGAAGAUAUGGUUUCUCCAGCUUCUACUGA